UUUUGAUACUACCCAUUCGUUGCUACAUCACUUUAGUUAGUGUAAACGGAAUUUAAACUUUCUGUUAGUUAAAUUUUUAUUUCAUAUAGACAUUCCUAUUGUGGGAAUUUGUCAGACAUAGGGCUACUUUUAGGGAUUGGAGAGUACUGCAACGGUUCCCGUGAUGGACGUGACGCGCGCGUGUCGCUGCUGUCUGCGGUGUCCCCCGGACAAGGACCUGACGACGCCGUACACACAUCUCGGCAACACAGAGAUUUAUGCCGACAUGAUCAAACAGUGCUUUGACAUAAAUCUGGCAGGGGGCGGCCCGGGCUCGUGCGGCAUCUGCUCGGCGUGCGUGGGCCGCCUGCGAGACGCGAGCGACUUCAAGCUGCAAGUGCAGCGCAGCCAGGAGGAGCUGCAGGCGCGCUCGCAGGGAGCGAGUGGUGUUAAAGAGGAGGAAUCUACAGUCGAGCCAGAGAAUCCAGAAAUUCAGGAUAGAGAUGGCACCAGGGAGCCUGUAUCGGGGGAAGAGCCCCCGGUCAAGCCGGAGAUGCCGGAAGAUGAUGGGACACCUGAUGAGAUAUUGUAUGACAUGCUCUGGUUAAACAUGGCGGCCGGAGACGAGGCGAGCGACGAGGGGGACCCGCUGUUGGAUGUAGAGCUCCUAAUCAAGCCGGAGCUGGCGGAUGAUGAUGACACAAAUGAUGAGAUGUCACCGGAGGAGCGGGCGGUCAAGUCGGAGGUGUCGGACGAGGCGAGUGACGAGGACUGCGUGUCGGGUGAGUGCUGCGACACCACGAUACUACUGCUCAUAGUACGAUACGAGCCACACUACAUUAUACUUGUACACAUGUACGAUCCAUGUUCAUUAUGGCUCAAAUGGGACUGGGCCGGCCACGUCUAUCGCAUGCCUCCGGAUAGGUGGGCUAACGUAGCCACCAAGUGGAUGUCGACGAAGAAGCGUGGGCGGGGCAGGCCCAGGCGGAGAUGGCGGGACGACUUUGACGCCUUCCUUAACAACUGUCCGGAAGACGCGCUAAAUCGGGAGUUAUGA